CCCGAACAGACUGCGCAGGGUCCACUCCCCCUUCCCGAACCGCCGACGGACGGCGCAGCCAUCGAGCUCGACGUGAGCAGCGGACAAGGCAUCAAGCUCGAUCAUCUGGGGCCCAUGGUCGUCAACCGCGAUGGCACCCUUAGUCGCAUAGCCAACUGGGAGCAUAUGGCGGACAUUGAGAGGCGGAACACACUGAGGAUACUGGGCAAGAGGAACCAGCUGCGGAUGGAGACGCUGAAGGCUGCAGAUGGA